GGUCUUCUACUCAUUGUAGUCUGUUCCCUUCACUGCUGCUGAACAUACUACUAUGUAUAACCUACAUUAUUCAGUGAAACCUUGUCAAAAUAAACCCCUUCAAUAUAAAUUUGAUAAAAGAUACCAGGAUGCCCAUUUAAAGGCGUUAGCUAAAAUGAAAUCGACAGUGGAUACAACUGCACCAAAAACAUUUCAGAUUAUUCAUUUAAAUUCUAAAAAAGACAGAAUUGAAAAAGAAAAUUUCAAAAGAAUAACAGAAGAAAAUCAUCGUCUUUUGAAGAGGAUGCAUGAAAUUCAGAAACAUGGUAUUAUGGGCAAUGAAAAUAAUCAGUAUAUAGAAAAAAGCUUAAAUGAAGAACAAAGACUGAAAGAAGUCAAGCGAGUAACUCAAGAAAAUAAAGAAAUUCUUAAAAGACUGAAGAAUUCAAAAAACUUAUAUAAUCGAGAGAAUUGGGAACAUGAUUGGGCGAAUACUCUUAAAUACAUGACUAACAUAUCAAAAUUUACUAUGUAUCAUCAAAAAUCAGAUGCACAUAUAGAACCAAUAGUGGAGAAUACCAAUGAAAAUUCAAGUGAAUACAUGGAAACGAUAAUAUCAAUAGUGGAUUCAGUUAUUCAGAGAUCUAUAGACUAUGUACAAAAGUUAAACAGUGAUUCAUCGAAAGUUGACAUAAAUUCUGAAAAAACUCAACAGCAUGGUGCCACAAUAGGUCAAGGGAAAUCAGAUGAAUCUCCAGAAAUGAUACGUAAUCUAAUAACAUCAAUAAUACAGUCAUCAUUAUAUCGUGUCUAUGAAAAAGAUCUACUUAAUAAACUAAGUAUGAAACCUGAGAAUUCUGAAAGUCCAUAUGAAAUCAACCCAACGGAUUAUAAUUAUUAUGAUUUGGAAAAAUUAUAUCCUAAUGAAAGUUCAUAUGAAAUCAAUGAUGAAAUUAUCUUAUCAGAUAAACCUUUACCAAUUCCUAAUAUACAAUGGCCUACUAUUGAAGAAUUUACACCAAAAUUAGGACUGGAAAAAAUUGAGAAAUAUGUAAAGUGUUGGGAAAUAAGUGAUAAGUGGCUUUACUGCGUUGAUAUUUUGCCAAUCGUGGAACUAAAGAAUGAAACGCUUCAUAAAUAUCGAGUGAAAUUUAGUCUACCUUCUAGGCGUUCACCCAUACCGAAAUCUACGGUAUCCGUUUACUUCACGCUACGAAUAUCUCGGAUAAAGCCGAAGAAUUCAGUUAUACUUGUCUAUUAUCAAGUCGAAACAUUCCGCUCAAUACAAAUUCCAGGAAAGAGCAGAUUUUCCGAGAGAUGGUUAACGGAUGUUAUCAAUGCCAAGAUACGAUUAAUGUCCUAUGUCACUUUCUAAAUACUUAUUUGGACAUGAAACAAAAAAGUACUUGAGUUCAACCACGAUAACAUGUAUGGACAUUCCUUUCAUUCCAGAUAAAUACUUGGAGCAGCAUUGUUAGUAUUUUAGUGUAUUGUCAGCUGACAUGGUUUGCAAUGUAUCUAAGUUAUGUAAGCUUCUGAACAGAAAACAACAACAGUGUAGAAAGCCAUUAAUGAACAGUAAUAUUCAAAUCUUAUGUUAUAGAUAAUGAAAAUAACACAGAAAGCGGAUAUGCAGUAAUGAUCUUUGACUAGGUGACUAAUCAUUUUGCACAAUAGGAAAUGAUAACAGUUUCAGCCCAAUAAUCAAGUGACUUUUGUAUUAGAGAGAAGCUAAUCAAAAACUAUUUGUAAAUCUUAACUUCGUAAGACAUAAAACCUCACUUGGAAAGUUCCGUAUUCUCUCUUAUUCGUCUACUGUCGUCAUCGUUGAAGUAUCGAUGUACAUUAGUCGUCAAUCUUCUCAUUCCAGCUUGAUGCACCACACUUACUUCUACUACCUCCCAUUCGUCAAUGUUUUGAAACCAAUCAAACUACACAAAUCAUCAUAACAUUAGGUACAUGUCAAUCAUUCUAACAUAAGUUAGAUGGGGGGGCCACACCCCGAGUCUUUGACCUAAAAGUCGGACCCACAAAACAGUGAAGUAUUAUGAGGAGAUGAAGUCGCAUGGUAGCUGAUGGCCGACAAUUAGUUCACACACCAUUUAUUCCCUCGGGUACUGGAGCCCAUGUGCACCAUUGGUUUGUAAUCAGGGUUUUCCAACUCCCCCAAGUGGACUCUCCAUGUCCACCAACCUGGCUAAAGCGCCGGACAUUCGCUUUUUCAUCCUCUCAAUUUCGUAAACAACACCCCCGCCACGAGAAAGCAGUGAGUAGGACUUCCCUGGCAAAGGCUGUAUACGCGUGGCCAUGUGAAUGCAUUCCAAGGGGGAGGUCCGUCUCUCCCCACUCUCGGCCAUACCACGGGACUUGGAGGCCUUGAUGACGUUAUAAAAUGUCCUUUGAUAUUUUACUAACCCUCCGACUUUUCUACCCCAAACGAGAUGCCACUUUCAUUAUGACAUAAUAUUAUACACACUGUGCAACAACUUAUUUUCUGAUUUGAGACGUAAUCUUUGAACAGAUAAGAUAUACAUCAUUGUUAACUCAUAUAAUCACUAAAAAGAAACUUUUUUUUAUUAAAAAUUGCAGGAGCUACCAACCCAUUUUACUAAAUAAAAACACUUGCAUUAUAAAUCGUAAAUUUAAUUAAUUUUCUUUUAAAUCGAGUGAACAAUAAUUUCAUACAGUAAAAAAUAAUAAGAAUACAGGUAACACAUAAUUAUCACAUUAUUCAAAAAAACAUUAAUACGAG